AUGAAACACAGGGCAAGCCUCACAACGUCCCUUUCUUCAUACAUUAAGAAUCACAUCUACGAGAAUGGACGACGCUAUCAUGCGUAUAAUGAGGGAAAAUACUUUGCUCCCAAUGAUGAAGCAGAGAAUGAUCGUUUAGAUAUGCAUAAUCAUAUGGCGAGAUUAGCAAUUGGAGGGAAAUUGCAUACCGCUCCUAUUGGGGACAAUCCCCAGCGGAUUCUGGAUGUGGGAUGUGGGACUGGGAUUUGGACUAUUGAUAUAGGGGACGAAUAUCCUUCUGCUGAGGUUAUUGGUAUAGAUCUCAGCCCAACACAACCUCCAAUGGUGCCCCCAAAUGUGAGAUUCGAAGUGGACAAUGCCGAGGAGGAGUGGACAUACUCCAAGAAAUUCGACUUCAUUCAUUGUCGCUGGAUGGCUGGUUCCAUUUUAAAUUGGCCGAGACUCGUGAGCAGAGUUUACAAAAACCUUAAACCAGGCGGCUGGUUUGAAUGCCAGGACUAUGACAUAAUGGUCACAUCAUCUGACGGCUCCUUAACCGCUGAAAACACUACCUAUCAAUGGAAUGCCCUGUGCUGUGAAGCGCUCGAGAAAAUUAAUAUUGAUCAUCAGCCUGGCGCGAAAAUGAAAAGGUGGUGUGAGGAUGUUGGGUUUGAGAGUGUUCAGGAGGAGAUUCUAUUUAUGCCUUUGGGCAUCUGGCCAAAGGAUAAGAAAUAUAAGGAAAUUGGAGCAUGGAAUUACCUUAUUGUUACUGAGGGUUUGGAGGCUCUGUCAUUGAGAUUAUUUACAAAGGUUCUAGGGUGGAAUAAAGAGGAAGUUGAGGUUCUUUGCGCGAAAGUAAGGACUGAAUUAAAGACGAAUAGGAAGAUUCAUCCGCUCUACAAGUAUCAUGUAGUAAUUGGCCAAAAGCCAAACGAAAAAGGGGAUUAG